AAAAACCAUUUAAAAACAACAGCUGACAUUUUUUGCUAGUGAUUUGGUGUAGUUAUUUUGGGGUUUUCUUAAGAGUACGUCGUAAGCAAUGAAGGAACGAAAUCAAAAAGACACCAAUAAAAAGAAGUCAAGAGAGAAAAUAGAAAAAAGUAAACGAAAACAAUAUAGUGAGGAAAAUAUAAAAAAAAGCUUUAGACGCGAUUAAAAAUGGCAUAGCCAAAAAGCAAGUAGCGAAACAAUAUCAGGUUCCUCGAGCUACGUUACAAUUUCGCAUUAAGAAACCAGACCAUAAUCCUCAACCUGGUCCAAAACCAGUACUUAACGCAGACGAAGAGGAUAAAUUAAAGAAUUGGUUAAAUGUUAGCCAUGCAAAGGGUUUUCCUAAACGGAAAGAAGAUCUUUUGAAUUGCGUAUCAGAAUUUAUAAGAAAAAACUGCCGAUCUAACCCGUUCAGAGACAACAUUCCCGGCGAUAAAUGGUUUAAGCUCUUCUUACAACGACACCCGGAAAUUGUUGUGAGAACUCCUGAAGCUGUAACAGCGGCAAGUGCUGCCGUAUCAGAGAAUGAUAUAAAAGGAUGGUUUCAAGCAACUGAAAUGUAUCUGAAAGAUCACGGUUUGUUUGAAAUUCUAUCAGACCCGAAAAGAGUCUUGAAUGGUGACGAAACCAAUUUUGUUCUCUGUGCCAAGACAGGUGUGGUCUUGGCACCAAAGGGUGCAAAGAAUGUUUACGAAAUUGACCACACCCCAGCUAGAAGUUCACUAACAGUGAUGUUUACUUUUGCUGCCAAUGGUGAAAUCACCCCACCUAUGGUGAUAUUCCCGUACAAGCGCUUGCCAAGUGAAAUUGCUUCAAAGGUACCACCAGAUUGAGGUAUAGGCCUAAGUGAGAAUGGCUGGAUGAAAACUGAAAUUUUCUCUCAAUAUAUAGAAAAAGUGUUACAUCCAUAUCUCGUGCGGAAUGAAGUACCAUUCCCGGUUAUUUUAAUUGUAAACGGACACAAAACUCACCUCACUUAUACCGUCAGUGAGCUUUGUUCCUCAUUGGAUAUUGUGCUCAUAGCACUUUAUCCCAAUUGCAAUCGAUUACUUCAGCCUGCAGAUGUCUCAGCUUUUAGACCUCUAAAAGGUGGUUGGCAGAAGACGGUCUUAGAGUGGCAGCGUGACAAUCCAUCUCGAGCUCUAGCAAAAGUCGAUUUUGUGCCACUAUUGCAAAAAAACUAUUAAUAAAUGUGUAAAACCAGAUACAAUUAUUAAUGGUUUCCGGGCUACCGGUCUUUGUCCAUGGGACUCAAAUGCUAUAGACUACUCGAAAUGCUUGGGGAAGAAUCUGAAGAAUAAGCCCAAAAUUGAAGCAAUACCGGGAACUUCGAGAAUAAUGAACAGAAAGGAUAACUCUGAUACAUUUGUAUCAGAGUUAUCAUCGGUUUUCUUACUUCUAAAAGAAAAGACAACUAUAUAUAUAAAGAAAUCAAUGAGAAAAAAAAAUCGGAUGUUACUCUUAAAGAAAAACACCUUUUGGACAUUGAAAAUAUGGAUGUAAUUAUGUGUGAUGAGUUUGACAGUACAUGUCAUAUUCCUCUAGCUCAAGAAGUCUUCAAUCAGGAAAUUGUUAUGGACAAUAUAGAAGACAUCACGGCUAUAAAUGAUUCUCAAACUGAUUCUUUUCCUAACAACACUGAAAACAUAUUUUGUUAUACACCUAAAGUAGAUACUCAAACAACUGAAUGUGUACAAGUUACUUAUACUCCACAAAUCGAAACAUAUAAAAAAAGAAAUGACUGCAGAUUAGAUAAUAGUUCAAACAAAUCAAUUACUAGAAAUAUUGUAGUUUGCCCAGCUCAACAGGAUUUUAACAAAAUUGAACUUUUGGAUACUGCAAGAAAUCCAACUUUCACUACCCCUAUAAAGAUAAAUGUACGAGAAACAAAACUAGAUGAUAUAUUAGUGCUACCUAAAACACCUCAAAGGAAGGGAGUGAAACAAACUAAGAAGACGCCUUAUGUAAUUACAUCAAAAGAGUAUUAAGGACGAAGAACGUAAAAAAAUUAAAGCAAAGAAAGAAAAGGACAACAAAAAAAAAUAGACAAAGCUAAUAGAUAGAAUAUUAUUAUCGAAAGAUUUUUACAAUUUAAACAUUACGCUAGAG